UGAUGCAUUCUUCCAGAUUAUUAUUGUGUGAUAGUUAUCCCGAAAGUGGAUAAAUGUGAUUGGGAAUUUCACAGAGACACGAACAAGGAAAAGGAAAGGAAAAAAUCUUGGAUCAGAGUAUGAAGAAACUUGGGAAACGCAAAGGACCUUUCAGGAUGGGGUCACGUGACCUGGCCUGAAGAUCUGCAGAGGAAUUUUGGAGAAAUAUUCUGAGAAAAAAAGGAUAAAAGGGACACGCGAGAAGAAAAGCGAAGUAGAAGAGAGGGAGAGGAAGAGAAGGAGAAAGGGAUGGUUGAUCAUCUUGUGUGGAUGUUUCGUAACUUAAAGAUUCUAAGAAGAGAGAAGAGGAGGAGGAGAGGACAAAGGAGAGAUUAGUUGUCAGUGAAAGGAGAGAUAAGAAAAGAAGGAGAAUAAGAUUAAAAAAGAGCGAUAACGAAUCAAGAUAAUCUGAUAAUUAAAAACCUUGUUUUCUCGGAAUCAAACUCGAGUUAAGCGAAGGAGAAUAAGGAGAGAGAAGGAAAAUACCUAACGAAACCAAAAACAACCUAAAAGGAAAAGAAGACAAGGACAGCGCUGUGUUGGUUUUCCGUGCUUUUGGGAGGAAAGUCGACUCCAUGCGCUUGUAGGAAGAGAAAGACCAAAGGAAGAAGGAGGAGGUAAGAUAUACGAAGUUCGGGAUAUACGAUAAGGUGGAGGAAUGCAAUAUUGACUGAAAGUAUAUGAUUAGCGGAAGAGGAAGAAUUAAAAAAGUGAAAGGAAUAGAAACGAUAAAGUGCACAGAUAUAAAUCAAAAAGAGAACGGUUGUUUCCGCCUCCCGAACGACCCGACCAACAGCCCCAAGAAACUCAAAGAAACAAAGGGAACGAGAAGCAACGUCGAGAUGGAGUGGAGGCUGAGCACGCUGGGCACCGGGCGGGCGUGGACGGCGGGCGAGCUCGUGCCCAGGGCCAGGGACUUCAAGCUCCCGCACACCGACUCCGGACAGAACUCCCUGGAGUACUGGGACUACUCCGUGGAGCUCGAGAUGCUCAAGGGGCCCGAAGAUCUGCAACUUGCAGCCGAACUUGGCAAGACGCUCCUGGAGAGGAACAGGGAAUUGGAAUCCAAUAUUAAACAACAAAAUGCCGUUAUUGAGGACCAGCUGCAGGAGAUCGAGUACCUGAGCAAGCAGACGGCGGCGCUGCGCGAAGUGAACGACUCGCGCCUCAGGAUCUACGAGCAGCUGGAGAUCUCGAUCCAGGAACUCGAGAAGAACAACCAGCGGCUCUCGGCGGAAAGCGCGGCGGACAAGAAGAAGAUUAAGAACCUGUGCAGCACCCUCGAGUCCCUGGAAGCCCGAUGCGAUGAGCUGCAGAGGAGCCUGGAGGAGGCGCGGUCGGGGGCGCAGCAGCAGCAGCGAGGGAGGAACAAGCGCAGGUCCCUUAUCCUCGACGAGCAGAACCUGCGCCGUUCUCACUCGUGCGAGAAUACGCCACAGGAGGAAGCCCCAUGUACGGUUUUCCAGAACUCGGAAGAACGAACGGCCGAGGAACUGGAAGCGAGGUCGAAGAUCGAGGAGCUGCAGGACAAGAUGAAGCUCCUGCAGAAGGAGAAGGAGUCGGAGAUUCGCAAGAAGGAGGAGCUGGAAAUACAGCUGGCAUGCAUGUCACAGGAGAAUGCCGUCCUCAACGACCAGCUUAUGAUCCUGCGGGAGAAGGAGGUGAACCUGCGAUCCUUCGACGAGGAGUUGGCCUCCCUGGACGACGCUUCCUCAGGGAGGCUCUGCCGCAAGUGUCUGGGAAACGUGGACGAGACGGCGAGCAACCCGACCAUCUACGACCUUCAGGACAGCAUUGAAGACACAGACGUUUCCAUCGAGAGCAUCCACGGGGAAUGCGCUCUCGUCCGGCUCAAGAACGGAGGCUACGCGUGGGGCAGCCAGGAGUCACUGGCAUCUAUUGGUCAGGUGAUGAGCCACAUGGGGUCUGAGGGCACCUCGCCGGGCACGGAGGCCAGCGACGCCCCCCACAACUCUCUCCUGUCGGAGCUGGACACCUCGUACCGCAUCCUCAUCGAGAAAUACGAGGCCCUUCUGGAGGCACGCGAACAGCAGCAGCAACAGCAGCAGCAGCAACAGCAUGUCAACCAAGACGAGGGCUUGGUGCACCCGGGCGUCGACGACAUGUCCGGCCCCAUGAGUCUGGUGAUGACGGAUUCCCUGCACGACACCAGCGCCAUCACCCUCAAGUGCCAGCGGUGCCACACCUGCACCUGCGACAUGAAGCCCGGCGUGACGCGGCCCAAGAGCAACAUGGAGGAGUUUUCGGAGGUGGAGACGUCGUCCUCGGGCUUCUCCGACGGGGAGAGUCGCCUGAGCAACAAGUCGACGCAGACCGGCGAGGAGGUGUUCAGUCACAAGGAGAUCCUGGAAGACUUGACGCCAACGAUUGCCAGCAGAUGCCUAGACCUGAGCUCGCCCGUGAACCCUUGCGAUAAGCGCUUCCAGACGGCUCCUGAAUACAAGAAACUCUUCCAGGAGAUCUUCACCGUGCUGAAGCAGACCGUGGAUGAGAAGGACGCCAAGAGCCAGCCUGGAAAGCCAGCGAAGGCGCAGCAGCUCGUGGAAGCGGACAAGAAUGCACACAACAGCAAGACCUCGGGCGUGAAAUCCGAAGAUAACGAGUCCAUCACGGAGACCAGCACGACCAUUGAGGUGACCGAGGUUACGGAAGUCAAGACAGUCAAAACCAUUGUAAAUUCAGAGAUCCAAAACGUCGCCAACGAAAAGAAGGCAGAAGUCGCGCGGGAAACGCCAUCCAUCGAGCACGAGGACAAGCAGAAGGCCAACAGAGAGGAGGUCAGGGGGAGGGAGGAGAGGAGGCCGGAGAUCCUGGACGACCAGCACGUGCCCGAGGAGCAGCGCGUCACCCACAAGCCUCCUCGGCCCGACUCCCUCGACCUGGGGGGCGGAUCCCGGCCCACCAGCAGACAGAAGCGCCGCAGCCGCUAUCGCAACCGCCUCGACUCGUACCAGCAGCACCAGCAGUACAUGGGCCAGUACCAGUACUCGCACGGAAGCUCGGGCAACGAAUCUCACCCGUCAGGCCACCGCCACCACAAGCGGGAGCGCGACCACAGCCAGAACCACCACAGGAACCAAGACGACUUCCCGACGCUUCGCACGGACGAGAACGAGCACAGCAAGACGCGCAUCAUCUACAACUCGUCCCGCAGCCGCUGCGAGCACCACCGCUCCAGGAAGCACCGCGGCCGCAGCAGCAACCGGCAGCGCCACGGCCAGCACCACCUGAGCGCCGGCCAGGACCAGCAGCCCGGCGCCAACCAGAACCAAGCGAACAGCGAGGGCGAGCCCAGAGGAAGGGCGGCGCCUCCCAAGAUCAACUACCCGUCCGUCGAGGUCGCCAAACUUCGGAAGUUGGAAAUGUCUUACGCCGAAGUACUCAAGACUUCCUUCAACAGAUCCCAUUACAACCACCGGCGGUACUGA